UUUGUUUUUGUUUCUUGGCACUCCUGCAGCCAAGUCUGGGAGGGUUUCCUGGACAGAGGUCCUCGUAGCUGCUGCCUUAAGACGUGCAGCCCAGGCCACAGCUGACAGUGCUCUCUGACCCAGGCCCACCACAGGCAGCAAGAGCAGCAGCAGCAGCUGUAGUCCCAGCCGGUGCAGCAGCAUGGAGCUUUGGGGGCCCUACUUGCUCCUCUGCCUCUUCUCCCUUCUGACCCAGGUCACUGCUGAGACACCUACCCCCAAGGUCAAGAAGCCUACAAAUGCCAAGAAAGAUGCCGCAAGCCCAAAGAUACUUGAGGAGCUCAAGACCCAGCUGGACACUCUGGCCCAGGAGGUGGCCCUGCUGAAGGAGCAGCAGGCCCUGCAGACGGUCUGCCUGAAAGGCACCAAGGUGCACAUGAAGUGCUUCCUGGCCUUCGUCCAGGCGAAGACUUUCCACGAGGCGAGCGAGGACUGUAUCUCACGUGGGGGCACCCUGGGCACCCCUAAGACAGGCUCGGAGAACGACGCCCUGUACGAGUACCUACGGCAGAGCGUGGGCGCAGAGGCUGAGGUCUGGCUGGGCUUCAACGAUAUGGCGGAUGAGGGCGCCUGGGUGGACAUGACCGGCGGCCACAUCGCCUACAAGAACUGGGAGACAGAGAUCACUGCGCAGCCUGAUGGCGGCAAGGUGGAGAACUGCGCCGCCCUGGCUGGCGCGGCCAACGGCAAGUGGUUCGACAAGCGCUGCCGGGACAAGCUGCCCUAUGUCUGCCAGUUCGCCAUCGUGUAGCGGGCGAGGCGGGGCAGGGUGGGGCAGGGCCGGGGCGGGGUGGG